AUGAGAAAAGGCAAAAAAAUUGGAGAAAGGUAUGAAGGUAUCAAUCAACGCUAUAAAGGAAUAGAGCCUAAUCCCAAGGAAAGAAUUGAUGCACCACAAUUUUUAAGAAUGAAGUUAUUUCUCUGUUAUUUUAAGAAAGAAGUACCAUCACUUAAUCUUCCUUUAUUUUAUACAAAACUAGCAAGCAUGGGUUAUGGCAAUGAUGUGGAUAGAGGAGAAAAUCUGCCACCACCAACAGACCCAUUAAAAGUGGAAAAAGACGAAGCCAUAAGAGCAAUUUUAAAAGAGGCAUUUGAGAAAGAUCCAGAAGAAGAAAUUAAUUUUAUUAAGACGAAUGUCAUCAACAACAUCAAGAAAAAGCGAGCUAAUGAAAAAGAAAAAAAUACUCUAGAUGAACUCAUAAAAUUACAGUUUUCUGAUCUUUAUAAAAAAAAUGAAUUGGAAAUCUACACUAUUGAAAGCAGAUUAAAAGAUCUAAACCCUGAAAAUUUUAAAAUUUCAAUCAAAAGCGAACUUGAUGAAAAAAUAAAAAACUGUGGACUUGUUAAUGAAGAUCUUAGUAAUGAAACUAUAAAAAUAAUUGAAGAGGCGAUAGAAACUGGCGAAAUAGAUAAAAAGCAAAAAGCUGAAGAAGCUAUUAUCCAAGAAGGUGCUGAUAAAGAAUUAAACAAAACAAUAAUCUUCGUUGAGACAGAAAUUGAAAAAAGUGAUUUAACAAACGAUCAGAAAGAAGAAUUAAUCAAUAAAAUAUUAGAAGCCAUUUCUAGGAACGAAUACCAGCAAAAAUCUUAUCAAAAACAAAGGGAGAAAGUAGAUAAGUUGUUACAAUUAUUAAAAGGAGAAAAAGAGCAGCAACAUCCUGAAGAAGUUUCUUUAACCAAAAUAAUUGCAUCCGCAGUACAAGAAAAUAAAGAAAAUUAUCGGCUUGUCAAAAACUGUCCACAAUGCCAAAAAAUUUAUCUGCGGCCGGAAACGUGCCAAGGAAUAUUCAUUAAUUUUUUGGCAAUUCAACAAAGUACUCAUCGACAAUUACCUUUUGGAAUUGGUCAAAUCGGCAAAAGUUUUCGCAACGAAAUUACUCUCCACCAUGGAAUCUUUCGCACUCGCGAAUUUGAACAAAUGGAAUUAGAAUUUUUUUGUCGAGAAGAAGAAAGAGUCAAGGAAAACAGCCAGGAAAUAACUCCCCAAGUUAUUGAGGUUUCUUUCGGAGUAGAAAGACUAAUGUUAGCAAUUCUAGAAGAUAGUUAUCAUGAAGAAGUACUAAAAAAUUCGCCAUUAACCCGCACCUUUCUACGUUUACAUCCGCUCUUAUCUCCUUAUUUUGUGGCCAUUAUUCCCCUAAGCAAACAAAUCAAUAUGAAAAAUCCUGAAAAAACUUUACAGAGAAGGAAAAGUACUUAUCUAUACAUUACUGAACCUAACCGCCGAUUAGAAAGGCAAAUAACUAAAAUUAAAGAUAAUAGCGGGGUUCAAUAUAAAGAAGAAAACAAUGAUACAAUUGUUAAUUGGAACGAAAAUAAUAUUCUAGGAAAAAAAUAUUUAACUGAAAAAUUAAACGAUCCUAGUACUAAAUUAACCUCAAAACAGAGAAAAGGGUUUAAGGAAGUAUUAGAAGAAAUAACUAAUAAUAAAAUAGAUGAGAGUUUAAAUCAAGAAAAGUUAGAGGACAUGCCUGACCAAGUAAGAAAAGAUACUGUUCUCAAAAUUCUACAAAUACAAGACUCACUCGAAAAAUCUAACAAACCAAAAGACAAGGAUACUUUCUUUCCAAUAGGACCAAAAAACGAAGAAGAUGAAGAAAUAUUUAAUGAGAUUAAUAGAUUUAUGAAAAUUUUUUAUGAUAAAUUUAUGACCGCCAAUAACCUCGCUAAAUCAAUAAUUGCUCAACCAGCAUGA